UGAAGAAUACUCCAAUCGAGCAAAGAUCACGUAUGAGAGAGAAGAGCGAUGUAUUGGAUGUAUCUAAAAUACAGCGUGACGAGAUCGAGAUAGACCUCUCCGAGCAAACAUAAGCCACGUGCCUCAACAAGCACCGAGGUCAGGUGACCUCCGUGUGACAACAUGACUGCUUCCUCAGCUUCACUCCUACAAAUAGACAAAGUCUUCAGUGCUUGAUCUCUUCCUGCUGUAAACAUAUUCUCAAUUUCUGCAGAACCGUAUUUCCUCCUUAACAUUGAAACUAUGGCAAACCAGUCAUCCGCCAAUUCCUCUGGGACCUCCUCUGGGACCUCAGGGGCCUCCUCGGGGACAUCCUCUGGGACCUCUGGCAACACCUCCUCGAGCGGUCAAAGCUAUACGACUACCAGCAGCGGAAUGAACAGUCAGGGCAACCAUUACUGCUCCCGUGACUAUGGCUCUAACGUCUCGAAUUCGAACAGCUAUCACUAUUCCAACACCAAUGGUAGCUACUACUACUCGAACCCGAAUGGAAGCACGUACUACAACAACGGCAACGGUGGUAGCACCUACUCUCGUAAUGGCUAAGGAACGGAUGUCUGUCCACAGCCAAUAAUUGCAGGAAAUGAAGCGGCACAUCCACUGCGGAGAUUGAAAGGCAUGUUGAGCUCUCACUUAUAGCUAAGGGACCAAGUAGAUAGGCUCAAAUUCACUGGGAUCAC